AUAUCAAAAAUAUAAUAAAUAUCAUUUAUUGUGGUGGGGAGCAUGGCAGAUUUGCCAGAUCUGUCGCACCUCACACCUGAGGAACGUGCCAUUAUUGAAGGUGUUAUGAUGCGACAAAAACAAGAAGAAGAACGUGAAAAAGAAAUUAUGAGGAGGAAACAAGACGAAGUACAAAUUUUAGAGGAAACAAUUCGUCAACGCUCUGAACAACAGAAGAAAGCUGGUAUCGAACUUGAUGCUACAUGUCAUAUCUGUUUAAAGACAAAGUUUGCUGAUGGUGUUGGUCACAUUUGUAAUUAUUGUAAUAUUCGAUGUUGCGCACGGUGUGGUGGAAAAGUUACUUUACGUUCUAACAAGGUAAUAUGGGUAUGUAUACUAUGUAGGAAAAAACAAGAAUUAUUAAGUAAAACCGGCCAAUGGAUGAACAAAGGUAGUGAUCCAAUAAUGCGACGUAUUGAAGCUGACAUGAAAGGUGGCAACUAUGGUGGUGGGGAUAAUAAUAACAUGACAAUGACAAUGAUGGGUCAUGAUGAUGUAAUGGGAACCGUCCUAGCAAACAAUCCAUCAGAUAAACGUCCAAAACUUGAACGUGCUCAUAGUGCUGCCGAAAAAGAGAACUUACCAUUAUUACAACAUUCUGGUACAACUGGUUUACGUCGACAAUAUUCACAACAAGAAACACAACAACAUUUAAUGCGUGGCGGUGGUGGGGAUAUGGGUGGGGAUGUUGUACAAACGAUCGGUGUUAUGCAUCAACAACGAAUACCACAAGAUACAUCAGCAUUACAUCAACAAUCCAUGUAUCCAGAAGAUGAUCCACAAUUCUAUCGUGACGAAUUGGAAGGUUUAAUGCGUACCCAUCCACAUUUAGUGCAUCCACAUCAACGAAGGUAUAUUUUAAAUCAACAAGAUCAACAACAACCGAUGGACGUUGUGCCACAUAAUCAACCACCGUUGCCAUCAACACGACAAAAAUUCCAACAUCAAAUUAUUAGUGGUGGCGGCGGAGGUUAUGGAGUUAGUGGUGGGGUUGUUGGAGGUGGAGGGGGUGAAAUCAUUAGUGGGGGUGGUAGUAAUAAUAAAAAACAUAAACGAAAUAGUAGUUUAACAAAGAAAUCAACAUCGUAUCAUCAAUAUUAUCAAUCAUCACAACAAUCAUAUCAAUCGCAACAAUCACAACAAUUAUCAUUUUCUAGUUCGGAGGAUGAGUUACGUUCAACACCUGAAUGUGCUAGUUGUGAUGAAAUUGACAAGGAGAAUGAUAAAGGUGACUGGAAUGGACGAUCAUUACAAGGUAAUAAUUUUCAAGAGGUAUACGAUAUGGUCGCUGAUCCGAAGCAAGAACCGCCGGUAGAAUUAGUGGUAUCAAGAUACAUGACACCUAGACGACCAACACAACAGACUACAUGGCGACAGCAUAAAGUUUCAUUUUCAGAUAUUUACGAUAAACCUAGUGUAAUGGUAACAUCGCCUGGAUCACCUGAAAUACAUGGUAUGGCACGAAAUCGAAGUCAUCAAUCUCGAAGAAUGAUGGGCAAUAAUCCAAAUGUGGGUGGUAAAAUACAAAUGAAAAUUGGUCAUGAUAGUGUUGCAUUAAAAUUAGUAAUAACAAUUGUUUGUGCGGUUGGUUUAACGCCGCGUACAAAUGGACAACCACGUAAUCCAUACGCAAAAAUAUUUUUAUUACCGGAUCGUAGUGAUAAAUCGAAACAACGUACGAAAACACUUGCUAAUACAAACGAACCACGAUGGAAUCAAACGUUUAUAUAUACCGGAUUACGUAAAACUGAUUUAAAAUUAAAAAUACUCGAAGUUACUGUUUGGGAUUAUGUUCGGUAUGGUGCUAAUGACUUCUUAGGUGAAGUUCUUGUAGAAUUAAAUGUAUGUCCGUUAGACGAUGAACCCGAAUGGUAUUUAUUAGUUGCACACGACGAAACAACAUUACGAACUCGACAUGAAUACGAAGGUGUUGAUUUAGACAUGACAUUAACGCCAACAGAUCAUUUAUCACCACCUAGUACAACAUCCCGAUUAUCCGAUUCGGAUACAACAUCUGAAUGUGAAUUAGAGUGUGAUGCAGAUCGAAUGCGAAGAGUGGCAGAUGGUGCAAGCAUAUCAAGUGUAGGGAGCUCAUCGAGCCCACCACCAGAUCCCGAGUAUACGGAUCGUCGGUCACGGCGUGAUAUGUCUCCGCAAGGUCGACAUAAAGCAGUUAGUAUGGUUUAUAAGGAUACACGAAUUUCACAAUCGCAACAAGCACAAUAUAAUAGACGGUCUGGUCAACAAACCGGUCCACCACAAAGAUCACAUUCGGCAGCACCAAGCGAAUCAAUAGGUAUGCAUCAAUCCAGGUCCAGAUCGAAAUCACCAAGACGUAUUGGAGAUCAUCGUAGUUUAUCACCGCCGAAAGAACGAAAUUGUCAGUAUAUGGAUGUAGUGAUGCCAUCUCAUGCCUAUGUGCCACGAUUUCAAUCACGUUCAGCAACAGCUACACCGACUGGAUCACCAAAGAAACGACAACUACCUCAAGUGCCACAAGCUUUACAGCGUGCCCUUAAAGAUCGUGUAACACAAGACCUUGAGGAUCGUGCGAAAGUUAUGCAAAUGCGUAUGAAACAAGUUCAAACUUAUCGAAGUACAGGAAUGGGAGGUUGGGAAAGACAUUACAGUGGUUUGAGUGAUAGUGAUUUGACCACACAUUCAGCUCCUAGAUUACGAUUAAGGCAUAGUGUAUCACCUGAAAAAGAAUUUAUAGCCGAUUUAGGUGAUAGUGAUAUGGAAUCUGUAGUGUCUGUAACAAGUAGCGCAUUUUCAACACAAUCCGAACGACCACGAGGCUCACGCGUCUUAAGUAGUGACUAUGGAAGUGGUGAACGAUGCAGUAUUGAACAACAACCAAGAUCUCAACAUAUUACGACAUUAGGUGGAAUGGAUUAUCGAGAAUAUCAUCAGAGUAAUAAUAAACGUGGCAAUUUUACCAGAAGUAUGUCAAAUGCAGAGGUACCUGCAGAUGAUAAAGCAGAUGGUAGCUUAAGUGAUGGUGCAUUAAGGCAUUUUCAAGGAACGGAAGAGCAACCACCGCGAAGGAAGGAGAGUUAUCGUAAUAAGGAAACUAGAGAGAAUAGAGAAUCACAUCGAAAUAAUAAUAAUUUUCAAAGUGGAAUGGGCAAGAAAAGUAGUUCAACAAGUCAAUUGUCAGCCACGGAAAACACAAGUACACAAGUACCAUCGAGUAAUAGAAAACGUGUAUCCCCCAGUAGCUGUAUACAGCGUUCUCAGGAAGUAUUUCCCGCAUCAGAUGCGGUACAACGGCCCUCAGGUAACGGUGAUCAGAGGGCCGCUAGUCUCAAUUCUAUAUCCAGCUCUGAAGGAUCGUCGUGGUCACCUUCUUUACGUCUAGCUGGUGAAGGUGGACAACUGUCGGAUUUCAUUGAUGGUUUAGGUCCUGGACAAUUAGUGGGCCGACAAGUUUUAGGUGCGCCAGCAUUAGGCGAUAUACAAUUAUCAAUGUGCUAUCAAAAAGGUUAUUUGGAAGUAGAAGUAAUACGUGCUAGAGGAUUACAAGCGAAACCCGGUUCAAAAGUAUUACCAGCACCUUACGUUAAAGUAUACCUCGUUAAUGGUAAAAAAUGUAUAGCAAAAGCGAAAACAACGACAGCGCGUAGAACACUUGAUCCUUUAUAUCAACAACAAUUAGCUUUUCGAGAACCGUUUCAAGGAUGUAUACUUCAGGUAACCGUAUGGGGUGAUUAUGGAAGAAUUGAAGGAAAGAAAGUAUUUAUGGGUGUAGCGCAAAUUAUGGUGGAUGAUUUAAAUUUAUCAAAUAUCGUAAUUGGAUGGUACAAGCUUUUUGGCACUACGUCUCUGGUUAGUGGUUCACUCAAUCUGGGAUUAUCACGACGUAGUUCUCUUGCUAGUCUAGAUUCAUUCAAGCUCUGA